AUUUACGAGUUGUAUGUUGGUAAUAAUCUAGUGAUUUGUGCUGAUGAAAGCACAAUGAGAAUACCGUUAAUAAAAACACUGAAAAGUGCACCCAGUUGUUUGGCUUGGAUGUUCUUCGUCUCCUUUCCUUUGGCUAUGAUUAGCCAUUUUGCUUUGUGUUGAAGCCGGUCCUCAAAAAAGUGUUACUUUCUCUCCAUUUUUACUUUCAAUAUUUACUAAUUUUAGUGUAUAAUCCUGCAGGCUACAACGUGAAAUAAUUGUAAAUAAGCGGUUUUGAAAAUCGUAAAAAUGUCCACCUCCACAAAAAGAAAGAGGGGACCCGCAAAGAAGGUUGCAAACAAGAAAGGGAAAAGGAAAGACCAUCUCGAUGUUGAUUCUGACAUGAGUGACGGCGGUGACAAUGAAAACAGGGUCCAGCCCGACGAAGUUUUGAUUGCUGGACAUGGAGAUGUCCUUGACGAACCAACCCCACUGCCAAAAGAACUGCUUAAUUCAAUGAUUAAACCUGCUGGCCAGUUUAUUUUCUUUGGAAAUCCCAAUUGGGAUACCAUGGGAAAGAGGGAAAUCAAAGGACAGAAGGUCCUGCCUAUGAUGUAUUGGCCACACAGAUUCACAAAUCUUAGGAUCCGUCUUGUUGUGAGUGGCUGCGUAGCGGGACACAGUGUUCUUGUAACAGAAGAAGGCAAAGCAAUGACGUUUGGCCGCAAUCCAAACGGUCAGCUCGGCAUUGACAGCACUACCUCCCAGACUACUCCAGUGCCCGUACCUGCUCUGGAGAACAUGAAUAUCAUCGGAGCGGCUUGUGGUCGACACCAUACUCUUUUCCUUACCGAUUCAGGAACCGUAUAUGCUUGUGGUGAUAACAAGUCUGGACAGUGUGGAGUUGGGAAUCUGCAAACACAGAUUCUUACUCCGACGAGGAUCAAUUAUCGUGGGCCUCCUAUUAUUAAGGUAGGAGCUGGGGCAGAAUUCUCUGUGAUCCUGGAUGUAAAGGGAGGGCUGCAUUCGUUUGGGCUGCCUGAAUAUGGCCAGCUGGGCCACAACACUGAUGGAAAGUAUUUCAAAACCAGUACCAAGCUCUGUUUUAACUACCAGACGAGCCCCAAGCGAAUAGUUCUCUACAUCGAGAAGAGCAAAGACGGACACGUAUCUCCGGUCGAUGUCACUGAAAUCGUUGACUUCAGCUGCGGCCAGAAUCAUACGGUGGCCAUCGAUAGCAAGAAGAGGGCUUUCUCUUGGGGAUUUGGGGGCUUCGGAAGGCUCGGCCAUGCUGAACAAAAAGACGAGAUGGUUCCCCGGCUGAUCAAAUACUUCGACAGCCAAUCUCGAGGGGUUAGAUCGGUUCAUUGUGGCUCGACUUACUCCUUGGCUGUAACAGAAUACAACGGUUUGUUCAUGUUCGGACAGACAAAAAAGACCGGUGAAGCGAACAUGUAUCCCAAACCCAUCCAAGAUCUGGCCGGAUGGAAUAUCAAAAACAUCGGCACGGGAUACACGUCCAUUAUCGUAGCCGCCGACGAAACCGUCAUUGCCUGGGGAGCUUCACCCUGCUACGGAGAACUCGGCCUCGGUGAUAUGCAGAAGACCAGUACUACACCAAAGGAGGUUACUAGGCUGUCGGGACUCAAAGUAACUAGCUUGGCUAUGGGACUGUGCUUCACAUUAUUGGUUGCUCAGGACGACACCCCGGAACAAAAGCAGAAACUGGAGGCGUUGAAAGAAUACAUACCUUAGGUUUAGGUGGAAAUACACUUAGAAUUUAUGCUAUUCCAUGUAUUUAUGUCGGUAAAAGCUGAACAGUAUCGCUUCGACUGCUUGACUGAAUUUUCUUGUAUCGAAUUGAAAUUGGCCACGACUCCAUGUGUCCCACAUUGGGCGCCGUGGUGGCUUUUAUAUUCUUAGACGACCUUCUGAGAUUGAGAAGUAUAUUCCUUGAAGCUGUGAUUGUGGAUAUUUAUAAUGCAUGCCUAGCGGAAAUGAGGGUGGCGUGUAGCUUUUGAUCGAUUUCAAUUCCUCCAACUUGAAAAUUCAAGCAAGAGAUCGACUAUACCACUUGAUACGGAUAACAGUUUCGUAACAAACACUAAAGAUUAGAAUUACACAAAUUAAUUAGUAAUGGAUUUUGGUUUUUUGAGCAGAUAUUUGUAGAACUCUUUUAGAUGUAUAUUGUGCAGUAUUUUUUUUACUUUUAUAUAUAUUUAAUGGCAAUUUACAACUUAUUUUCAGAA